UAUAAAAGAGACCAAGACCCUUAUUUUUCUGACCUAGACCUGAAACGCUCCAAAAUCCCUGCCUUCAAGUUCGAAGUUCUAAUUCUAUUCUUUCCCCCAGCGUCGAUAGAGUUUAGAGCUACCAACAAUGGCAGGAGUCAGCCCAACUCCAUUGCUGAAAGAUGAGCUUGAUAUAGUCAUCCCAACAAUCCGGAAUUUGGAUUUCUUGGAGAUGUGGAGGCCAUUUUUUCAGCCAUACCAUCUCAUCAUCGUUCAAGAUGGAGACCCUUCAAAAACCAUCAAGGUCCCAGAAGGCUUUGAUUAUGAGCUCUAUAAUAGGAAUGAUAUCAACAGAAUUCUGGGUCCUAAGGCCUCUUGCAUCUCCUUUAAGGACUCUGCUUGUAGGUGCUUUGGGUACAUGGUGUCUAAGAAGAAGUACAUCUAUACAAUUGAUGAUGACUGCUUCGUUGCUAAAGACCCAUCUGGCAAGGAUAUCAAUGCCCUUGAGCAGCACAUAAAAAAUAUUUUGAGUCCUGCUACUCCAUAUUUUUUCAAUACUCUUUAUGAUCCAUACAGAGAUGGCGCAGACUUUGUGCGUGGCUACCCUUUCAGUCUUCGUGAGGGUGUUCCAACAGCUGUUUCUCAUGGCCUUUGGCUUAAUAUUCCUGAUUAUGAUGCACCCACACAGCUUGUUAAGCCACGUGAGAGGAAUACCAGAUAUGUGGAUGCAGUCAUGACAAUUCCGAAGGGUACUUUAUUCCCCAUGUGUGGUAUGAAUUUGGCAUUCAAUCGUGAGCUGAUUGGACCUGCAAUGUACUUUGGGCUCAUGGGUGAUGGCCAACCCAUUGGUCGCUACGAUGAUAUGUGGGCUGGCUGGUGUACUAAGGUUAUAUGUGACCAUCUGGGUCUGGGGAUCAAGACUGGUCUGCCCUACAUAUGGCACAGCAAGGCAAGCAAUCCUUUUGUUAAUCUGAAGAAAGAGUACAAGGGUAUCUACUGGCAGGAAGAGAUAAUCCCCUUUUUCCAGGCUGUCUCCCUGCCUAAGGAAUGCACAACUGUCCAGCAGUGCUACACUGAACUUGCCAAGCAGGUCAAGGCUAAGCUUGCCAAUGUCGACCCCUACUUCACCAAGUUGGCAGAUGCCAUGGUGACAUGGAUUGAAGCCUGGGAUGAGCUCAACCCUUCAGGCGAAGCUCCAGCCAAGACAUCCAAUGUCAAAGCUAAAUAAUUUCCAUUUAGCCAACCUACUAGUUACUUUAAUAUUUUUGUGGCCUUCUCUCUUUUAGUUGACUUUUAACGAUGAGUUGGCCCCCAUUUAGUUCCUUUCCCUCCUUUGAUAGUUUGGAGUUUCAAUUUCGUUGAGAUUGUAUUCAACAUUGCGGAAUGGUAUACUUUAUUUAUAGCCCUCGCUUUCUUUCCGUAAUUCAUUAUGUAACCUUUAUUAUUUAUUAGUGGUAA